AUGGGGUGCGCCAGGCAUCCAAGAGGAAGGAACUACCUGUUGUCUGCAAUUCGCAUUUGGCUCGGAUUAACAGUGGCAGCAACAACAGGAGGACGUCAUAAACACCAAACGUCAAAACACAGCGGAGAAGAAGAACGAUACAUCGGAGGACUUCAAAGCAAAGGCAAUGUGUUGCAGGAGCACACAAUACAUCAUUCAGCCCCCGAGGUGCUGAAUCCAGAGCAGCCAAGUACCCAGGAGUGCACCAGGCAUCUGGAGGAUGAGCAUCACCUGUUGAAUCGUGGUUCGCAUAGGGCUCGGAUCGAUCGUGGCAGCGACCAGCAGGAGGAAGUCGAGAGACGACCGAAAACGAUGCUAGGAAGCGUAAUGGUUACGCAACCCAAGCAUUAUCGAUUCUUCAAUCGGAUACACGCAGAAGAAUCGACUCGAAGUAUGUACACAGGACGUGAUCAUACAAACCAAAUUGGAGUGGAGAGGUUCCAGACUCAAACUAUCGAGAGAAGGAUCGAGGAUAAAGCAAUGAGAAUCGUCCAAGGCUCGAGAACAGCAUCGCGACCCCAGAUGCAUAUGAAGCCAAAGCAUCAACGACUCUUCACCGGACAUCCCGCAGAAGAAACACCUCAAAGUAUGGACAUCUACCGUGGACAUACAAGCCAAAGUCAAAGUGAAGAGACUUUAUAUUCUUCACAAUCCUACGCCAGCACAAAAACAUCAAGUGCGAUCGACAACAUGCCGAAUAGUUCAAGACCAACGAAGUAUAGAUGCAGUUGGAGGAUGGCUUACUUGUUACUUCUGAAAACCGAUGAAAGGUUAUAA